GGGGGGGGGAGAAAGAAGGCGGAGGGGACGGGACGGUGCGGCUGCGCUGUGGGGUUUGAUCGCGCCGGGCGGCAGCUCUCCCGGCACCUGAGGAUUAUUUGUGACUUUAUUCCACCCCCCCCCCCUCUCUCUGAAGGAUUGAGACACAAAAGAAACUUUUUGUUGUUGUUGGAACAAGGAGCGUUCUCUCUCUCUCUCUCUGUGUGUGUGUGUGUGCGGGUUUUUUUUUUCCUGUUGAAUUCUCUCUCGGGUUUUGGCGAUGGCGAGCGGCGGUUACCGGCCUCCCGGGAAUACCACCGAUUUUCUGGAGGAAUGGAAAGCCAAGCGGGAGAAGAUGCGAGCCCGCUUCGCCGCUGCGACCGGCGCUAACUCCGCUGAGAUCGGCCCGAACCGCAACGGUGCCCCGCCGGCGCCGCCGCCCGCCGAGCUCAGCAACAACAAUAACGGCGGCGGGGAGCGGGAGCGAGCCGCCACCAGGACCGCGGCUCCGCUCAAUAAGCGGCCGGCGGACGAGGACGGGACCGGCGCCACCAAAGGCAGCGAGAGCGCCGCCAGAAACCCGCUCCCCGACGAGGUCGACGCGGAGAACCCGCCCGUUACUACCGCCGCCGCCGCCGCAUCCUCCUCAUCGCCGCCCGCCAGCAGCAAGAGCAAAGAGAAGGGUAAGAGCUCCGGGCCCAGCGCCAGGAAGGGCAAAGCGCAGAUCGAGAAGAGGAAGCUGAGAGAGAAGAGGAGGUCCACCGGAGUGGUCAACAUCCCGUCCACCGAGGUAGGGAGCUCGGUUCUGUAA